AUGAAUAAAUGGAUGUUUGGAGGAGUCGAUGAAGGGAUCUCAAUCGAUCCUUAUACAAGAAUGGUAAAAGUUUAUAGUCGUGAUGCAAAUACAAAUCGUAUCAUUUGCCAAGAAACUCAUAUU